GACACAGACAUACAUAAGCAUUACAUCAAACAUACUGUUUAGAAGUUUGUCCGUGACAAUACGGUCAAUGACCCGACUGGCGGCUCGAACCUGGUCCACCAAGCUCGUCACGUGGUGGAAGUGCUGCACAAGAAACAUGACCCUCAGAAACCGUGGAAGAACUCUGAAGAAAGAAGAACGUUUGACACUCACCAGCGCAAGGUUCUUAGCCGAGGCGUUGACCAUAACCUCAGAGGGCACUCUAUAAAUUUCCUUCGCCAGGGGUGGGCAGAGGGCCCCUCGGCAAUACUCUAGGGCACUGGGCUCGUCGUCCUAAACCCGACUCUCCGCAGUGAGAGAGACCCAGUGGGGUUCCAUAGGGGUGAUGCCUGUAGCUUUGGGCAGAUCAGCCAUCUCGAUGGUUGAGAAUUGUUCAUCCUUUGCAUGGUCCUUAGUGCGCACAUGUUCCACAUGGACUUGGGACGUGUUGGCUCCUUGCCACGCUGCUGACCUCGCUGAGCGGGGGAAACCCUCCAAGGAGCCUCACCUUCAGCCCGAGGCGCUCUUGAAGACCCCUCGCCAGCCCUAGUCUCUUGAGGAGCCUCGCCCUUCGACGAUCGACGCGCCAUCAUUUUUUCCAUUUUAUAGGGUCGGUCUGACCCACUAGGCCUUGCCCAAGGGGCUUCCGGCGCAGCAGUAAGGGCCCCAAAAGCGGGGGAAGGGUGAGGUCGAGACGAAGCCACGCCCGAAGCAUUGCCCAUCUCCCUCAGAGCCCUGAGAUCCAUCCUUGUAGAAGACAUAAUCAAACAAGGUUAGAGCAAAAAAAAAACAAAAAACAAAAAACGCAGAAGGCAUGGGUCGCACCCCGAGGGGUCGAGCUAAGGCCUGCUUCGACCAGUCAGUCUUCCUUCAUCCUCCUUAUUGCCUGGAAAAAUGAGAGGAUGUCCUUCAACUGCCCGACCCGCUCGGACUCUUUGUCGGACAGGAAGGGCGGGUUAUUGUUGACGGCUUGAGCCGAUCACACGAGGCUGAACUCCCAGCCCCAACUAAAACUCACAAAGAAGUAAUGGGGUUUCCACCCCUUGUUAUUCGUACGGGCGCCACUCACCUUAAAGCCGCCUCGGGCGGCCAGGUAAUAACCCCUCUGACCCUUGCAAAGCUUGAAACAAGCAAGGAACAGGGUUCGGGUCAAGACGAUCUCGGUCGCUCGACUCUCGCCGAUGAACGCCACCAGGUAGCGCCACGAGUUCGACACCAUCUGGGAUGGCGAGAUCCUCCACCACUAGAGGUAGGACUCGAUGAUCGAGUGCAACGACAGCCUGAGUCUUGCCUCCAAAGCAUCACAGGAUAGUGCAAACUUGUCACCGAGGGUGUCAUAUGGGUGCUGCCCUGGUCGAGGAGCGUGAAGCUCGAACUCAGGUGGGAUGCAAUACUUGGCCCAGAGUCGAUUGAGUUGUAGUUGUGGACCUCCAAGGCUUGGAUGGCCUUUAUGUCCACCGAGGACAUGCCUCCUGAGGACGAGCUCACAUUCUCAACCUUGGGACUACCAAAAGAUGACCCUACAACCUCAAGGGAAACCUGACCUGAAGAACUAAAGAACGAGGUGGAAGACAUCCCGACUUGGAAUAAGACGCUCAGAGGUCCCAAAAACAUUAUCGAUCGAGGUAUCAGAGGAAUUUUUCGUUUAAAACAAAAAGAAUCUGAAAUGCCCAACACAACUAAUAGAGCUAAAACUUCAUCGACGCAUGAUGCAUCCAUCCAAGACAAAAGCAUAUGGAGUACCCAAGACAAAAGCUCUUAUCAAACAAUAGUGUCUUCUAUACCCAAUGCUUCCAUCUUAAAUGAAGGCUCCUAGAACAUCCUCUAAUUAUUUUUGACAUAAGCAACAACCAUCGUUUUAUGAGAUGAACAUUAUGCUCUAGCAUAAACAAAUCAUAACUCAGCACAAUGAAGUAAAUUUUAGGAGCAUUAUUUUCAUUCAAUCGAGACCCUAUGCGUAGCUCAGUCAACUUGGACAUAACACACCAACUAGACAUGCCAUAUUAACAUAUCAUUUACAAAUAAUAUUCUCUCAUUUUGACACUCGAUAGUUUAUAAUUAAUGAUAAUCAUAUAAGGCAAUAUAGAAUGGUCUAUGUAAAUAUGUUUUCACUAUGAAUUGAUUAGAUCGAAUUCAUAUAUUUGAACACGUUAUAAUUUUUUAAUACUUGAGAUUAUUUAAAACUGACUUAAUUAUUAAAGGUAUCUUAUCAAACCUACCAUUAAUAUAAUCUUUUAUUAGAACAAACCAAAAAUGGGAUACAAUAUACUAGCUUUUUUUUUUACUAAAAAUAAUUCUUCCAUGUCUAGUUGUGGCUCCCACAUUUGUAUCCUCUUAGGUCCAAACUUGUAUCUAAUAAUUUGAAGUGGAUUCAGUAGAAUGGACUGAACCCGGUCCGUCCCUCAUGCUACAUUUAUGGCUAAUUUUGUUGGCUAAGUGGCGGUUCAAAUGGUUGCGGAUCUUAAAGCUCGAUUAGUAAUCCAAUGGCUGACGUUUCUCAGUUUUUUUUUUUUAUUUUCUGGGAAAUGGUGGUCAAAUUCCUGCCAAUAUAUUUUCUCUUUCAGCGGUGGCCCUCGUCUUCCAAGGUUAGUCUCCUCCUCCCUCGCUUCUCCCCUCUCUCUUCUUCGGGCCCCCUUUUUCAUACUGCCGUUGUGGAUUCGACAUGCGGAGGAAUCGACCGGGAUCAAACAAUUCAAAGCAAGAAUUCGGCAGAGUUUGGCGUUCUUUGAUCCAUAAUACUGGCUUGUUCAUCGAAAAUUCUGUGAUGGGUUGAUAUUAUGGGUGAUUAAUGCCGAUCUCAAUCCCGAUUGGUUGGGUCAGGCCCAGUUAGGUCUGGGGAGAAAGCAAGAAAGAAUAAGAAAGAUAGCUAUUUCUUCUUAUACAAGGUGAUAUGUUUGUUCUAGCAGAUUCUGAAGAAAAGAUAGGGCAAUAGUGGUCCUCCAAAACUCAGUUUUGGAAGAAUGCCUGGGUACUAUGACAUGGAUGACAUCUUGAUGGAGGAUGAGCCUAUUUCUGUUGUCUUUCAAGUUGGAGCUCAUGGUUGUGGCCUUCUAGAUCCAGGUUCAGAAACCAUCGAUAUCGAAAAGGGCACUAAGAUGGAUCUGCCUUAUUGGCUUGCUCACCAGUUGCACUUGAGGCAAGCAGUAUCUAUUAGUGUUCCAGCCAGCUUCAGCCAAAAAACUAGGAAGGAAAUCCAGGCUGAUGCUGCAUGUGUUGAUCUGAAGGGUCGUUGCCCAUACUUUUAUGAGUUGGGAUGCAAGGUUGCGCCACUGGUUGGUGACAAGACAAUUGGAUCCUUUCUGCUUUAUGCAUUCACGGAUCGGUACAAGGAGAUGUUGAGCAAGUCACACAGUGCCUCAGCUGUUCCAAGAUUCUCUUCACGUCUUACAAAAGAAGAGUCACAACUGUUCCAAGCUGCUCGCUCUUCAAUGGCAGCAUUCAAGAAAUGGCGUACAGGUGGGUCGCGAUUGGAGAAGGCAUCGAUCCUCGGGAGGAAAAGGAAGAGAACCAUACCACUCGGCCCGUCUUCACCGUAAAUAAACUCGCAAAUUGUGAAAUACUAGUCUUUGUUGUGAUUCUUCUCUCUUAUCUUUGGAAUGUACUGCGUGUUGCAUGUUGCUCCAAGUAAAAUGUAUGCAUUUCUCUCUUCUGUUCUAAAGUUUCCUUUUUCUUGUUGCGAAUAAAGAGUAAUAGGAUUCUGUCUAAAAAGUAUAAAAUAUUUAUCAUUUUGAGUAA